AGCCCACUCGCCCCUGGCGCACUCCCACCCACACACACACACUACGAGAUACUGCGAAGCGCGAGAAGGAGACCGCUGAGUUCCUGCUCCUUUUUCUGCAUCGAGGGGGAGAAGGGAUCACGCAGGGAAGUCGCUCACCGUCGCUUCUCCUCGCACGCAUCUGUGCCGGAAGCCGAUCUUUCCCGCGUACACAUUCCGUCGUUUGCUUCUUUCUUCCCUCCCUCCGUGGGAAGCUCCGCGUACAUCCGCUUUUCACAUAUCCUCGUCGUGUGUUGUCCUCGAUCGCUGCGCCGUUUGCCGUUACUAUUUGACGACGACGUUCACGUAGAAGGAGCUCGGUUCUCCUUGCUUUUUUUCAAUUGACUGAUACCUAUCACACAUCGCGUUAAACCUGGGGUCUUUGAAUCCGCUGUGUCACUCCUCGCUGCGCCUCUCGGUCGCUAUAGCGUUGCUGUUUGCUCGUUCGUUGUUCUACUCCUUUUUCUUUUCUUUUAAGGUUGUCCGUUGCUGCUGGCUUGGCGUUGGAAUAAUUCGAACCUAAAAGGAGAAAAAAGCAUGCUGACGCAAAUAAACCAGGGCGGUAGCGGGUUCCCCGCUGAUUACGGCGCCACAGAGCGUCCACCGGUAAUGCUGAACAACCCUGGCACGAAUGACUUUCCUGAAGACGACCUCCACGAAGUGCGCCUCAGCACCGCGCAGCAGGCUGUUCAGUCCUUUCACUACGGUACUCGCAUCAAGAGCUUGCUGGUGCUGUUAAUUCCCUUUCUUCUCACCGUGCUCUUCGCACCGCGCGGCAACAGCUCGUCUUCUCCCGCAGCAGCAGCAGCGGCGGCGGCGAACGGGGAGGGCGUCAACGGGACAAGAAAGCCGAAGGCACACGGCUUUCUCCCUGUCGAAGGCACCGUCGGUGGUGCGCUCUUCUGGAUGGCCCUCGUGCUGGUGAUCCCCAUCAACACUCUCCUCAUCGAGUACCUGGAAGACCUGGUGGUGCGGCACGACAGCCUGUCCCUCGGCAUCGCGGUUAACUUGAUCUUCGAGCACGCGGCCGAGCUGCUCUUUUCCUUCUUUGCGAUGUCGUACUCGAAGCAGUCGCUGUGCUGGGUGAAGCCGCUGCUGCAGGGGUCGAUUUUGCUGAACAUGCUGGGCGUCCUCGGCGUGUCGAUCCUAACAGCGCCCCUGACCGAUGGCACCUCCGUUGAUCUGGGCAUCUCCUCCUGGACCGCCUUCAGCGCGAGCGGGCUCGUCUUCGCCACAACAGUUUUCGUUCUCCCGACAGUGUACGGCUUCACCGUUGCGGCGCCGGAUGCCAUCGAUCAGGUCAACCGCCUGCACACCCCGUCAAAGCAGGUCGCGGAGCAGCAGACGCGCAACAUGCUCUUCAUCUCCCGCAGCUUAGCCGUCUGCGUGCUCGUGGUGUACGCGUUGUACCUCUGGAAGGUGGUGCGGUCGAACAGUAACUACUACGUCGCCUCGGACAACCCCAAUGCCCCGUCAAGCCUCACGUACGCGCUGCAGUACCGCGAGCGGCUGCACAGCACGCAAGAGGUGGACUUGGGUAGUCGCUACUCUCGCCGCUUUGCUGUCACCGGGGCAGCGCUGUGCCUCCUUGUGUUAGUUGGUCUGUGCUACGUCCUGGUGGCGACGUUGAUGGCGGCCACCAAGGAGGUCACCACCCUGCCGCUGCCCUUCACGUUGGUGGUCCUCCUCCCGCUCUUGUUUGAAGCCAACGGCGCGGCGGCUUCUGUGUUGAUGGCGCAGGUGGGGCGGCCGGACAUCGCCGCCAGCAUCGCGUUCUCCUCCAUUGUGCACCUCUACAUGUUUGUGCUGCCGGUCGUCGUGCUGGUCGGGUGGGCGGUACUGCAGGUGCCGCUCGAGCUGUACUUCCACCCUUUUCUGGUGUGCUGCUGCUUCAUCGCGGCGCUGGUGGUGGCGCAGGUGAUGGUGGCGAGCCGGGUGCGGUGGUUGGAAGGGGGAAUGCUGUUGGCGCUCUAUGGUCUUAUCGUGUGCAUCUGCCUGCUUGGUCGUUGGCACCUCUGCACCGAGGAGUUUUCGUAG